UAUAGGCCGCUAUAGAGAGAGCAGAGAGAGUAUAAAGCAUAGGCAGGCGCCAGGGCCGCCAGGCAGAGGCAGAGGCCUGAGGCAGACGCGGAGGAUACGUAUCAUUAUACGUGUGCACGCACGCGACAGCACGCGACGGCGAAUCGCGAAUCUACCGGGGCGGGCGACGGGCGCGGACGAGGACUGGCGCGAGCCGCAAGAUACGCUUCGUCAUCGUCAUGCACUGACGUUGGAAAUAGUGGCGUGAUGCGAAGGAAUUUCGAUCGAUCGCGGCCGCACUUGGUACUCUUGGGCUUUUGGCAGUCAGUCAGUCAGUCAGUUAGUCAGUUACACGACGGCCGUGCGGGUCGUGCCGUACGUCGCACGACGCCAUAGUCAUUGGAGCACGGACAUAUCUCGAUAACGCGGCACCGGGCACACAUCACCGGCCUAUUAAGUGCCAAGCGCCGCGAGUCCGUCGAUCAGUGGACCCUCCUUGACUAAUCGCUCAACGUACUUUGACCACCGUGAGACAAUCCCUGACAAUCCCGCGUGUCAAACGCGCUCGGUCUAUUCUCUUUGUCGUGUUCGAGCAUCUCCGAGUGAGCGAGCUAAAACGCGUGAAUCGAGCGCAACGACGCUCGACUGUAAAAGACCAAAGAGAUGUUAUCGAAAUGGAGUUGGGUCGCUUUUAAUCUUAUUGUCUAUGUAACCACUGCUCCACACAAGGAAACUCUCUUGGAGGACGAAACUGAAGCUUCCUUCAAAGCUUACUUCGAAUUGAUCGAAUUAGAGUACGAAGAUGCAUGUUACAACAUUGCCAAUGUUCAAUGGUCAUUUAUCGCGUCACCUUCCAAUAAAACAUUGUCAACAUGGGAGAUACAGCAAUAUAAUUAUACAGAAUUUACAAAAACACGAAAAAACGAAAUAGUUAAUAAAAUAAAAAAUACAAAAGAACAGCUAGAACCAUCUCUUAAAUAUAAAUAUGACGUGAUUGAGAAACCUGGCGACACAUUACUAAAAGACGAAGAUUGGAAGGCGUUUAUACAUUUCGCUGGUAUUGUGGAAUUGCAGCGAUCAAUUAUCAGUCACAUCAAUAAAUCGCAGAACUAUUCACGGGAAGGUGUAGAAUAUUUACUCUCUCAUAGUGGAAAACUAGAAGAUAAGCAAACUGCUUGGAAUACUUGGUAUCGCCAAUUUAUACCAUUAGUGACAAAUUAUUCAAACAAUUUGCUACUCAUUGCUGAAGCUGCAAAACAAAAUGAUGUCGAAAACGUUAAGGAAUAUUGGGAAAUGCUAUCGGGAUACUCUGGCGGAUAUGACAAAAUAAACGGUGAAUGGAGUCGGAUUAAUAAUCUUUACAAGAAAAUUGUAAAAUUUAUCGGUUCAAACUUGGCUCGAAAGUAUAAUAUUACUAUAAAUGAUACGCUCCCGGCUUAUUUACUCGGUAGCUUACAAGGAUUCGAUUGGACGGAUAUAUCGUCAGACGCGUUACCCUACUCAGAGUCAAUUUAUGAUGUCAAAAAAAAUCUCUGGAGAAAGAAAUACGUAGGAAAAUCUCUGUACAAGACUGCAUCCAGUUUGGGUUCAUUACUGUUGAAACAAGUUCCGCAAGCGGAAUUUUGGGAUAAGAGCGAGUUUAAUCAGCAGUGCCCAUCCAGAUUGUUAAAUUUUUGUCGAGAUGGCACAAUGAGAGUUUCUACCUGUUCCAAAGCCACAAUAAGCAAUUUCUUGACAGCACAUCAAGAUGUUGGAGCAGUACUAUUUAAUCAAAUGACUGUAGAAAACACUCCAGUUCUCGAUACAGUUAACAGAUAUUCGGGAUUAGAAGAAAGUAUAUCGACAUUAUUUGGGAUACUAUCGGCAAGUCCUGCAUGGCUCAAUCAGACUCAAUUAAUGAACAGUACUAAGGAUACUGAGGAACAAAUGAUUGCAUCUUUAAUGAUAACUGCUCUAUACGUACUUCCACGAUUAGCAUAUUAUUAUUCUGCCGAUUUAUGGAGAAUAACCGCAAUUCAAGAAAAUAUCACAGAUCCGACAGAUUUGAUAGCAACUUGGUGGAAGUACAGGCAAGAGUAUGAAGGUGUCUCUUCCAUUGAAAUGGAUAAUCCUACCUUUAUGGAUGACAAUCAUAUUAUUAGAAAUAAACCAUAUCUUCCCAAAAUUCUUGGCACAAUGUUAGCUUUUCAAUUGUAUGAAUAUAACAUGGAUUCGACCGAAGUCAGAUACAAUAAUAUUGAGGGAAAAUUGAUGAAUGGUAAUAUAAUAAAAAUGAUUCAACAUAGCGGAGCCGGUGAAUGGCAGGAUGUCCUGAAUAAAUUCGUUGAUAUAGACGAUAUAUCUGCGGAUGCGCUUGUUCAAUUUUUUUCACCGCUAGAAGAAUUUAUUGAAGAACAUGAGGAAAUUUUCGAAUAUAAAUCUGGAGCGACAGCGGAUAAAGAACUUGAAGAAUUGGAGAAAUAUACUUUGCGAGAGAUCAACACACCGACUACGACGCCCCCGACUACCACUACUACUACACGCAGGAAAACAACGAAAGCGACAUCAUACAAAAAGACAAUAAGUGGCGCGAAAAAUAUGCAAUCCGAAGUAGAAAAAUCUUUAGAAUCUGAAUCGUCCAUAUAUGUGGAAGAUAAGCCGAAAAAUUCUGGGUUCGACUCAUCAACUCAAGACUCUGUCAACAAAUCAUCGUCAUCGGUGCCUGAUAUUUUGAACGACACAGAAAAUGGCACACCAAAGAUUAGUACUAGUAAAGCGGUAUGGGCCAUAAGCGCAAUUCUCAUUGCGAUAGUAGUCAUCUGUAUCAUUGCGAUUUUCGGAAGACGAAGAUGUCGUAAAACGCCAAAAAAUAGACGGUACGUUUAGCAUUAUAAAUUUUUGUUACUAAUUAACAUAUUUAUUUCUCGCAUUUAGGCGUUAGUAGAAUUGGAACAUACAUAUAACUUAUUAUCGCAAUAAUGCCUCUCAUUAAGGGAGUUAUUUGCUAAUUGCUCUUUGGAGUAUUCGACAUGCAUUCCUUAGCAAUGUUCCUUGUAUGAUACAUGUAUUUUUUUUAAUCUUGUUUUUUUUUUUUGGACAUCACUAACGAUCAACCAGCUCAAUCACGUUUGCCUUGUAUCUCUACCUCCAAAUCUUAUCUAGGAAUAAGCUUUUAGCUGCUCCUCUGAUGUUACGAAUCUUGAUACUAGAUAUAUCUCUCGAUUUACCAAUUAUCCUAUCAUUCUAGGGUAAUUACCACAAUUUGUAUGAAUAAUAUCGAGCACAAAGGAUCCUAAACGAAUGAAAUGCGUUUGCGAUUUUUACAUACCUAUCGUAUAAUAAACUUCAAUAUGUAUAUACAGAAUAUUAUUAUACAUACAUACAUACAUACAUAUACAUAUAUGUAUGUUUCCUGAAUUGUAAUGCCAAAUCUAUACCUCAAUGACUAGUUUAUUGCUCCUGUCAUAUUAUGAUUAUAGCAUAGUUGAGAGAAUUGUAUGUGUUGUACAAAGUCGAUAGUUACAAAGAGACAUUUGAAAAAAGAAAAUAUAGGUAAUUAAGGAUAUAGAGCUUAUACAUAAUGAUAAUCAUUAUGUUUAAUACUUCGUACUUAGCGUAAGUAGACUAUUUUUCUAUAAAUAUUUAGUAUUGUCUUCAAGGAUUGUGCUUGUGCGCCGUUACAUAUCAUCGUGUAAAAAAUUUAUAUUUUUUUAUAUAAAGGUAUCUUGUAUAUCUGUCUCUUGUACACAUUUGUUCAAGAGAACAAAAAUAUUUCAUAGUUGAAAAAUGAUCCUAUAAUUAAUGCGAUUGUGCCAAAGAAAUCGCAUAGUUUCGCUGAUAAUUUCUUAAAAUUGUACAUAUAAUUGAAACUGUAAGAUUAGUAGGAGUACAGCGUGAAACAUCUAUUAAAUAAAUAUUUCAUCAUCAAAUUAAAA